GAAAACAAUUUACCGCAUGUUUCGCAGAUUUGUCUCUACAGUGUGUGUGGAAUAUGUCAACUCUUCCUCGUUUAGUUUACCCCAAGGCUCGAUGCUAGUGAGUGGCAUCCAGCCCACGGGGUCGUUUCAUCUGGGAAACUAUCUCGGAGCUGCGAAGACCUGGCACACGAUAGCCCGAAAACUCGACUCUUCGUCUCAAAUGAUUCUCUUUAUCGCAGACCUGCACUCCCUCACUGUGCCCCAGAACUACUCUGUUUUGAAAAGGCAGAGAUUCGAGGCAUAUGCGUCUCUGUUGGCCUGCGGCCUAGAUCCUGCAAAAGUUACAAUUUAUCAUCAAGCUGCCCUACCUGAACACACACAGCUGCAAUGGGCACUGACCUGUUUUGCUGGUAUGGGACUUCUUAACCGGAUGACUCAAUGGAAGGCCAAAGCAGGUGUGAAAACCGAGGCCGAGAUACAGAAUGAACUGGGAGCUGUCAGGCUUGGGCUAUUUGCAUACCCCGUGCUGAUGGCUGCCGAUGUGCUGCUAUUCAACGCUACACAUGUUCCUGUGGGCCAGGACCAGGUGCAGCACUUGGAGCUCACAAGAGAUGUUGCGUCUGCCUUUAACAAACAGACCAACACCAAGUUUUUCCGCUCUCCAAAGACCCUGAUGGCACCUGCCAACAAAAUCCUGAAUCUGAGAGAUCCGUCAAAAAAAAUGUCCAAGUCCGAUCCCGACGAGCUCACAAAGAUAAACAUCACAGAGGACCCGACAUCUAUGAGAACGAAAAUCAUGAAGGCCACCACGGACUCUAUAGAUGGACCUUUGACAUUCGAUCCGGAGCAGAGACCAGGUAUCUCCAAUCUAAUCACCAUUUACUCGGCUAUUGCGAACCAGACCAUAGAGGAGACAGUGUCUCAGGUCAAGGAUUUUUCCAAGAGAGAUCUGAAAGAGCUUGUGGCUGAAGCUGUGGUGAAAGAGCUGGAAGAGCCCAAUAGAAUUUACAAAGAGCUUGUGGCCUCACCAGAUUUGCUCCAUAAAUACAGUCUGGAAGGAGCAGACAAAGCACGAGCCGUGGCCAGCAAAAACUUGAAAGAGGUGUACAAAAUCCUCGGCAUGGACAUGGAGACGUAAUUUUGGUAUAUGUACAUCAUUAUCUAGUCGUUACAGUAUGUCAUCUUCCAGAAGACCAGUGUUCUCUCCGUACACCACCAGUAUUCUUUGCACCUCUCUAUAUUUGGAGCAACUGAGAAUAAGCGUUUUCAAUAGUUCUGCUGUAUCCAAACCGCAUAUCUUUCCCUCUUUGCUAAAAUAGAGUUCCUCGAACAACUCAAUCAGGCGAUUUUUGAGAUUGAGCUCGCAUAGUCUUUUCACGUAGAGAAUCAGAUAGCUUUUAAAACUCUUCGCGUCCUGCAGCUGUUGAUACACUAAUAUUUUGUUUUCGAGAUGGUUGAGUGAAAUCACCGUCUCCAGGUUCUCGUAUCCCUCUUUCAUCAACAUUACCUUGGAUAUUUUAUUCAGAAGACGGCCCUUUCCUCGACGCAGAAGCUCUUCAUUUGUGCGACUUUCCAAAACACCAACGAUGGACUCAUCCUCGAUCUGCGACCUUGUGAAAUCCCAGUAUUGUGACCCGAACGCCCACCAGGAGUCGCUAAUUAGAGACCAUGAGUUCAUGUUUUUGUCGUACAAGUACCCGUUGCCGUUGCUGAGAGUGACUAUGGGAACUCCUGUGCUGGAAAUUGAACACAUGGUAAGGUUUUCAGACCGCGUGAGAAGAUCCCCAUUCACAAACACCAGUCCGUUGGCCUCUGUGAUUGUCUCGUACUGAUUGGCGCGGUAUAUCGGCUGCAAUAAAGGGUACAGCGACGUUGGUCUGAAAAGGGCCUUAGGAACGUCCAAGUCCCAAGCGUACAUCUCUCCCACGCUCGUGACGGCCAGCAGAUACUGGUUUUUCAUUUCCAUAAAAGACAGAGGCGACCCCAAAAUCAAGGGAGGCAGUACGCGGCGCCCCGAGCUGCCGUAAACUAUUAUCUGUCCAUUGGUUGUCGACACGGCCCAAUGCUUUUCGGUGGCAGCCACCAAGUGCACCUUGUGCGGAAUAAAAUCCACAAAUAUCUGCUUUCUAUUUUCUUCUGACAGCUUCUUCAUUAGUGCGAUCCGUGUGGGUGACGACUCAAAUCCUGUGCCAUUCUUCACCUCUAAAUAUAAGGACUCAUCCUCUGGCAAGGUGUAGAAAAAAUUGAGUCGCACUUUGGCCACGGAAAUCCUCACAUUACUAAACGAGAGCUGCGGAUUGAGCACCACAGAGCCAAUAAAAUCCAACGGUUCUAGCUCUCUCUUUUUCUUGCCGUUUUGGGCGCUGUCGUCCUUCUUGAUAAUUUUGUUUGCUUUCUGCGAGAGUUCCCGAGGAACUGACGUUGAUGGUGCAUCGAAAUCCGCUGUCGAAGCAGGCCGUUUUUUAAGAUCCACCGGAACCGUAGACACCUCUGGAACAGCAGGCCCAUUGGAUUCUUUUUUAACUGCCGUCUUCUUAGGGUCGGUAGCAGGGGCCGCAACGGGCUCCUUGACUGACUCAUUUUCCUUGAUCCACUUAUCGCGUCUCUUCAGCUGUCCUGCAAGCGUUUCCGCCACAGCCUGUUCCAGCUGCAUCUUUUUGUCCAGUGGAAUGACUGCGGUUCCCAACUCGCCCUCUCCAAAAACACCUAUCAACAGCUCGCCCGCGGCUGUCGAUAUGAAGAGUAGACGGCCGUCGGCACUCCAGCACAUAUCCUGAAUCGCGCUGAGACUGACCUCGUUUGCAAUAAUGAGCGGCGCACUCGAGGCAGUGUUCCAGAUCGCAACAGUGCUCUCUGCCGACGCGGUGGCCAAAAUGUAGUACUGCUUGGCCGUAGCCGGGUUCAUAUCGGAAGGGUCUUUGUUUGCCGGGUUCGCGUACACGAUUGGAGAAAAUGCUGUCAUAAUGCACCGGAAAUCAGAGGCCAUUAAAGUGCACCAGCUAUUCCAACUGGAUCCGUCCGGGUUGUUGAGCAGAGCCACCAACGAGGACUUGCCCUUGCCCAUAUUUGGACAGGCGAGCACCUUGUCGUCGGCAGACCACGCCACCUUCCGCAAAUUGGCCUUCACCUUGAGGUUGCUUGACAAGUUUGAAAGUUGUUGGGAAAUCUUGUACUUGAACACCCUGCCGUGUUCCUGGUCCUCUUGCAAAGAAUACUCGACGAUAUUAGCCAGCUUGUCGUCUCCCUGUGUAAAUAAGUACUUGUUGGCGCAGUGAUCGAAGGUGAUCCCCUUCACGGCGAUAGUGUCGUCGUUGCUAUGUAUGUGCAAGCUCGUGAGCUGUUUUCUGUACAGGGUGUCGUAGAUGACAACCUCGUUAUUCAUCGAGGAGAAGGCCAGCAGCUGGUCGUCUGCGGACCAGCUGCAGUCUAUUAAUUGACCUUUCUUCUGGCGGUACAACAACACGGUUUCACACAGUUCUGGAUCUUCUGGGUGCUCGACAAGGAAAACCUCGCCGUUUUUGCACAGAGCCACAAGAAGAUGACUGUUCUGGUGCAGGUUUGCAAACUUCAAACAUGAGAUCUUACUCCGCGUCUUGAGCGUCACAACAUUAUCAGCCUGCUGCGCCUCGGUGAAUUUGGCCUUGUCAAUGGCCGGCGUUGUUUGCACUUGCGACGGACUCUUCGUUUCCAACGUCUCGGCAUCGGGCACCAUUCCAACAAACUUGGACAUGGAUCGCACCAUUAUCGUGGCAUCAUUUCCUGCGGUGGCCACGUACUCGUUUGUGGAGUUGACAGAAACGAAGUAUGCUGCAGUGCUCG